AUGCUUUUCCACUCUAUUCGAGUUGGCCUUUCUCGUCUUGCACUCGCCGACACUGCUCUAUCGGCCACAAGUCGAAUUUUGUGUACAGCCUCAGCUCGAACUCCAAGUGGCGAAUCGAAGCAGCGACAGCAGCAAUUUGAUCGCUACACACGUCAAUCCGACAAUCCACUUACCGAUCAGAAGAAAGCGUUUCAACAGCACAACAUCGCGAAGAUGAGAGAUACCCAGUAUGACAGAUAUGGAGGAAGCGGAGGCCGCGGAGGUUACGGUGGCGGUCGCGGUGGAGGCGGCAGUCGCGGCGGUGGCGGCGGAAGCAGUCGAGGCGGUGGGUAUGAUAGUCGCGGAGGCUACGACAGUCGCGGUGGUUACGAUAGCCGAGGCGGUGGUAGCAGCUACGGUGGUGGCGGUUAUGGCGGAGGGGGUCGUGGCUUUGGAGGUGGCGGCAGUAGAGGUGGUGGAGGGGGUGGCGGCGGAAAUCCUGGUAGUCGUCUUCGCGAUAUCGACUGGAGCAAAGAAAAUCUGAAACCGAUACAAAAGAACUUCUACCAUGAACACGCUGCAGUUGCCCGCAGAGAUCAGUACAUGAUCGAUGGUUGGAUCACCGAAAACCAAGUCACCUUAGACGGACGGGGUAUACCACGACCUGUCUUCGAAUUCACAGAAGCAUCGUUUCCAAAUGAACUGACGGAUCUGCUGUAUGCGAAGUUCCAAAAGCCCACCGUCAUUCAGUCGAUCUCUUGGCCUAUUGCAAUGAGCGGUCGCGACAUCAUUUCCAUAGCUAAAACUGGUUCAGGAAAAACACUGGCGUUUAUGCUGCCAGGAAUCGUCCACACAACCAAACAACAAGUUCGAGGAAGAUAUGACGGUCCUUCUGUUUUAGUUCUUUUGCCAACCCGAGAGCUUGCACAACAAGUACAGGAGGUAUCUAUCGAUUUUUGUAACGCGCUUGGCCUGAAGAUGGCCUGCCUAUUUGGAGGAGCAUCUAAAGGGCCACAAGCUCGUGAUCUCGAAAGGGGUGUAGACAUUGUUGUUGCUACGCCUGGACGCCUUCUAGACUUCCUGGACAAUGGCACGACAAACAUGAAACGGUGUUCGUAUUUGGUACUUGAUGAAGCAGAUAGGAUGCUCGAUAUGGGCUUCGAACCUCAGAUACGCAAAAUUAUAGGACAAAUUAGGCCCGAUCGUCAGACCCUUAUGUUCUCAGCCACGUGGCCAAAAGAAGUGCGCGCACUUGCUGCCGAUUUUCAACGUGAUGCUGCAUUCCUCAAUGUUGGCUCUAUGGAGCUUGCUGCCAACCACAAUAUUACACAGCUUGUAGAUGUUCUUGAAGAACACGCUAAACAGCCGAGAAUGAUGCAGCUUUUGAAUGAUAUUAUGAAUCAGCCAGAAUGCAAAACUAUAAUUUUCGUGGAAACCAAGCGGAAAGCUGAUGAUCUGACGAGAUGGAUGCGUCGUGAUGGCUGGCCAACGCUUUGUAUACACGGUGACAAAAAUCAAGGAGAGCGAGAUUGGGUUUUGAGUGAGUUCAAAGCUGGCAAAACUCCUAUUAUGCUAGCUACGGAUGUUGCUGCUCGUGGUUUAGAUGUCGAUGACAUUAAAUAUGUAAUUAACUACGAUUAUCCUAAUAAUUCUGAAGACUACGUCCACCGUAUAGGACGAACAGGACGCCGUGACAAAAAGGGCACUGCGUAUACCUUCUUUACGCCCCAAAAUGCCCCUAAAGCAAGAGAUCUUAUAAAAGUACUGGAGGAAGCAGGACAAAUGGUACCCCAAGCACUGCGAGAUUUACAGUCCAGAGCCGGAAGCAGCAAUAGUCGCGGUCGGUGGGCUGGUAACAGUGGUGGUGGUGGAAUGAAACGAGGUUAUGGCGGAGGAGACGACUACGCCUCCAAGAAAGCCAGGUAUGACAAUGGCAGUAGUUACGGUGGUGGUGGUGGAGGUGGACGAUGGUGA